AUGGCGGAAUCCAGCAGAGGGCCGUCGGGCCAAGCUGGCGCCGAGCCGGACGAAAUAGUUGUCGUCGACGUGGCUAUGGCUAUGCGCGACAAUGCCAAGCGGCUAGGCUUCGACUUCGACCCGGAUUCUGACUCCGAUUCGGAUCUGGUCUCGCCGGUGUCCGAUUUCACCGAGGAAGACUACAAUGCUGCCCGUGCCGAGUGCCGUGAGCUCGGCCUGCAGGGAGGCCCCGCUGACUACUACAUAGAGCGCAUCGCGAUGCCCCGCAAGGCGCUCGCCGUCAGGGAGAAGCGGGUCGCGCAGCGAGAGCGCAGGAUAUCUCGACACCACCCGAAGGUCGAGGCGCAGGACUGGUACAAAUACCAGACCGAGUACGCAACCAAAACAACUGGUGGGCCGGCUUUAGAACCCGCGAGUCUCAGAAGAGACGACUUUCCCGGUGUGUCCGAAGAUCUUGCGGAUCGCCAGAUUGCCAUCGUCAAGGAGAGCCAGCAACUUGAGAGAAGGGAGUGGGAGGCCGGCAAGUACGAGUACAUCGUCUUCAACUCCAAAAGAGACCCCACUUACUUCCUCCGCCAGCACGACAAGCUCUUGACCGCCAAGGGUAAACUCGAACAGAAGCUCACGGCGGCAUCAACCGUUCGCGAGGAGGCCCUAGCCGCAGUGAAAGAGCUGCCGGUAGUCCAGAAGCAGUUGGAGAAGGCCCAUGCCAACAUGAAGUCUCUCGACGAUAAGGUAGCCUACGAAAACAGAAGGGCCAGGCAUCUGGAGGAUCAGAUGCAAGAGCUGCGACGGAAAGACGAAGAAAUGCAACACAAAAUUCGGUUGUACCAGGACCGUGAGACUGAACUUCAGGACAUACUGCGCAAGGAAAGGCACAUGCUUGAGGAGGAGAUCACGCAUCUUGAGAGCAGGCUUUAUCAGUUGGAGGACGAGAUGCCACUUAAGGAGAAGCACAUCGAAGCCCUGGAACUUCAGGCGAAGAAAGAUCUAGAAACCAUCAAAGAGUUGACAGACUAUGCUGACGAGACUGGCAAAAGUCUGGAGGCUACGCAAAAGGCGGAAGCGGAGAGCAGGGAAAGGGCCCAAUUCUACAACGACAUUUACGACGCCUCAAAUGAAGCUGCCAGUUUCCACGCAUCAGAAGCAGAGAAAGCCAAAGACGAAGCCAAGAAGUUAGCCGAGGACCGCACCUGGCUGUUAGACGAAAGAUAUGAAAACGCCAAAAGUCAGAUUGGAAAGCUGGAUGACCAGUUGGCAGAGGCCUUGCAGAAGUUCAAAGAUGCAGAGGAAGAGGUUAAGCAAGUCAAGGUUGAGCUUCUGGGAAAAGAAGAAGAGCUUGCCAAGGUCAACCAUGAGCUAGAUUUGGUAUAUGGCCAAGAGAGGCGGGUCAGCAUCUCGACGAAUGCAACGGGAUCCGCGCGGGGUUAUACGAAUCUUCAAGAUGAUUUGGACGAGGCUGGCUCUGAUCAGUUCUCCGAGCCCAGUCAGAGUCCUACGCUGUCGUCCCUCAGAGCCCGCGUAACCGAGCUCGAAGCGGAGGUAGAGUCCAAGAGCACCGAGGUGGGCGACCACAAGACCAAGCUUGAGGCUAAGGAGGCCGAGGUAGCCAAAGCAUAUAAGGAGCUCAAGGAAAAGGCCACUGAGAUCAACAACCUUGCCCAUACCGUUAAGGAGCUCACCGAGGACAACGAACAGCUGCGAGCAAGUGCGGAGAAGGGGCGAAAAGAACACGCGGCGAAAUCUUCCCAAGAUGAAGACAAAUACGCAAAGCUCUAUUAUAUACACGACUCGCUCAAAAAGGACUGCUUUGACGCCUGCCAGAAGAUAUCUCUUUUGACAGAGCGCCUAGAGGACAAGGCCGCACUGAUCAAGAAGCAACUGGCCGAUUCUCACUGCGCUCUCCUCGAGGCUGCCAGAGACAGCACAGAGAAGACACAGGAGCUCGCCAGACUCACCCAAGAAUUGGCCACUGCCAAGACCAAUAAUUCAAGAAACUAUGAGAAUCUGUCAAGAGACUUCCACUCCUUGAAGGAUCAGUUCAAAAGGCUAAACAAAGAAAACCAGACCAAUAUAUCAAAGAUUACCAAACUGGAAGCGGAUCUGACUUCUCGGAAUACCAGUAUGCACGCACAGAUGGCAAGCCAGCAAGAGGACUACGAAGCUAUGCAGCAGAUGCACGACAAAAUGAAAGAGGCGCUGAAUGCCGCAAACAACGAGAAUGACGUUCUCAAAGCUGACCGCGCAAGGUUAGACGGAGACGUCAAGACCUUAACAGCAGACAUUAAUGGCAUCCAAAACCAUCGCGACCGACUGGCACAAAGUCUUGACGAUUUGACUCAGGAGGUUGAUAGUCUUAAAGACGAACGCGACCGAGUGACCAAGGAGCUCCAAGACCUUCGCUCGGCCAAUGAUAGGCAUGAACUGUGGAAGGCGGACAACGGCGAUGCUCCCAGGAAACUGUUGGAGAAGGGAACAGAGCUUGUCGAGACUGAAAAGCAGCUCACCGAGGCCCAGAUGAACAAUGUCGCCAAACAAACGGAAAUCAACGAGCUGCGGGCCGAUGUCGACACGCGGAAAGCAGCAAUGCAAGCACUCGAGGAGCAGUUGGAAAAUGCCAAAAAACAAGCUGCCGAAUUGGGUUCCAGCAUUGCAGACCUCGAGGGCCAGCUAGCAGCCGCCAGGCAUGAAGCGGCCAAAACUAGCUUCAAGAUUGCUGAGCGCGACGAGAGGAUCGCCAAACUCGAGGAGCUGUUGGAAACUUCCAACAGCGAUGCAGAUGGGAUGGAGUCCGAGAUCACGCAGCUUCAGGAGCAGCUAGAGGCUCUGAGACUCAGUGACGCUGAAAAGGACGACGAGGCUUUGGCCGCUCAGGAAAAGCUGAAGGAGGCCAAUAAUGCUGCUGCUGCAAUGGAAGCAACGGUUGCUCUACUCGAGGAACAGCUGGACGCUGCCACAGCUCGCGCCACGGAAUUGGAAUCCAGCAUUGCCCAGCUUCAGGAGCAGCUGGACGCUGCCACAGCUCGCGUUACAGAGCUGGAAUCUAGCAUUGCCCAGCUUCAGCAGCAGCUAGAGGCUACCAAAGAUACGGCCAGAAACGAGAAGUCCAAGGUGGAGGACGACCUUGCGAAUUCCAAAAAUCGCGUCGCCAUGUUAGAAUCCGAGAUCGCGCAUCUUCAGGGGCAGCUAGAGGCUACCAAAGAAACCGCCACAGAGGAAAAGUCCAAGGCCGAAGACGACCUCGCGAAGUCCCAGAAUCACGCUGCCGAGUUGGAAUCCAGCAUUGCGAAAUUACAGGACCAGAUAGACGCUAGCAAACACCUCGCCGAAGACGACCUUGCAAAACACGACGAUCGCAUCACCAGGCUAACAUCCAAGAUUUCCUAUCUUGAGGAGCAACUGGAGGCUGCCAAAAAUGCAGCCAAAGACGAAGAGUCCAAGGCCGAAAACGACCUUGCUAAGUCCAAGAACCGUGUCGCAGAGUUGGAGGCCAAAAUUGCCGAACUCGAGGAGAAGCUGCAAGCUGCCGAGCAAAAGAGAUCGCGCCUGGAAGACGAGCUUACAAAGUCGAAUGACCGUGCCGCUGAACUGGAGUCCCAGACUACAGGGCUUGAGGGCCAGUUGAAGCAGCAAGACGAAAGCAUUCGCAACCAUCGCGCGGAAGUAGACGAGGUUGCUGAAAUCGCGGCAAAGACGACAGAUGACCUCCGGAAACGCCUGGAGAAGACGGACAGAAAACUGCAAGUUGCCAGGAGAUGGUGCUUCCUUCACGAGGAACGGGCCGACGCGGCAGAUUGCGAUCUCUUCAUGGCUGAGGAAAAGCAUGCAAAAGACCUGGCCGAGAAGCAGGCUGAGAUUGAUGAGCUGAGCGGCAAAAUCGACAAGAUGCACGAUGAGAUCGCCAAGCUGGAACAAAACCAAAUGGACCCCGACUACGAUCUCGCCAAAUUCGUGGACACAAUGGAAAGUGGUUUGGAUGACCUGGAGCGAGCCAAAGACCAGGCAGAGGAAGCAGUUGUCACCAGAGACGAACAAAUCAGGGAGCUGGAAGUAGAACUCGAGACGACCAAACAGAUUGCGACUGACAUGGGAUUGCAGCUUUACAACAUGGAAAACGAAAUCAAAAACUUGCGAAAGUCACGAGACAAGCACGACGCCGUAUGCUCCGAGAAGCUUGACCUAAUGACAAACAUCCGAACUAGACUUCAGCAACUCCUCAAAAAGGCCAACGACUGCCAAGCCUCGGUUGAACAAAAAGUCGGAAACCUGAACACACGUCUCCAAGCAUCUCGAGAUUCCGCCGCACAAGCGGAGCAAGAGCUCGAUGCGUUGAAGGAUAAACUGAAAGAUUAUGGCGCAAAACUCUUGGCGGAGGAGGUAAAGAGCGCGAGACAGGCUGGCGAGAUCGUGGAACUGGAGGAAGGCCGAGCCAAAGACUGUGAGGCCAACUUGGCCAAAGUGCAGCAGCUGGAAGUGGAUCUUGGAGAGCUCCAAGACGAGGUUUCAAAACGAGCAGCCAAGGAAAAGGAACUCGAGGAUCUGGUGAAAUCCAAGGAGGAAGAGGUCAAGACCCUCCAGGCGGAAAAGCAGCAGAGCGACGAGCAAUCUCAGCGCAUCCUGGAGCUACAGAAAUCUCUGGCCGACAUCACCGACCAGCAAACCCAAAAUGACCAAGCCAGCGUGGUCGCUGCGCAGGAGCUACAAACCAAAUUGGACGAAACCAAGGCUAUCAACGACCAGCUGUUCAAAGACCUAAUAGCACUUACACACAAGGCCGCGACGUGGGACGUGAAAGAAAAGGACUUCAGGGAUCUGGUUCAACUCCAAGUGCAAACCGUCAAGUCCCUCCAGGACCAGCUCAACCAAACCAUAAUCCAGUACCGUGCUAUCCUGAGACGCUCGAUGGGAGAUGCCGCCAUCAUUCAGAAUCUGAGGGCCGAGACAUCGAGGCUUUGGUCGGACUUGGUCGACGCCACCAGAGAGAACGCGGAGCUGCGACAGAAGCUCAAGGAUUUGGAGGGACAAAAGAAGACCGAGUCGCUCUGCCAUACUUGCGGCCGUGGUUGCAAGUGUCCCAUUGCUCUACCAGAGGUUUCAGGCUUCUUUGGCCAGUGGUCGCUCGUCUUCAUGGCAAUCUGGGCCUUCCUGGAAAUGAUGCCCAAGAACACCAAGAUCGCACUUGUCUACUUGUGGGGCAUCUUGGCACUCCCGGCUCGGUGCUGGAAACCUCUUGCGAGUCGAGCGAAAUUCUGGAAGAGAAAACGGUCCUCCAAGGGCAAGAUCCGGGCUGCGGGGGCUCCUGGCGAUCCGGACUGGGACUGGCCGACAUUGCCGACGCUUCCCCAUGGUCCGAUGGUAUACUCGCUCAUCUUUUGGGCCGUCGUCCUCGCCAUCCUCAUCUCUUGCAUAAGCUACUGGGCCACCUCCGUGGAGAGGGCCCUGUGGCUCGGGGCAAACACCGACACGAGGGCGUACUUCAACUUUGGAAGAAGAGAGGGUGCUCCCGGCGCGUGCCUGGUACCUCAGCCAUUGCCGGUUGAUUAUCGGUUCGUGUACGAGCCGACCUAUGGUAACUUUUGUGAUUUUGUGGAGAGACGGAUAGGGUAUGCUCUUUGUUGA